AGUGGUUAGGCGACGCGAUACGUUAAUAAACGUUUCUGCGGAUGAAACUGACAGAAACUGGCAGGAAUCGAAAAAGGAAAGAAAAUGUGAUCGCGAUCGUGAGAACUGUGAAUCAUGUAUGUAGAUCGUCGCGUUAUCGUUGAAGGAACGCGACCGAAUUUUCAGUUCACGGAAAUGAACCUGCCGCGAACGAUUGUCGACCGCGUGUGCAUCGUGCGCGAGGGUUGAUAAAGAGUGAAAAACACACACACACACAAAAGAAAAAAAACAAAAGAGAGAGAGAGAGAGAGAGAGAGGAAAAUAAAAGUCGUGUACGCGACGAGCUCGCGUGAAACGAAACGAAGAUAGGCGGUUCGGUGUUACUCGAGCUUGAGAUGGACUCGGUAGCGGUGACAGUGCCACUUCGUCAGCCGACGAAGAAGAUGAAGAAACGAAAGGAGCUCGAUGCCCUGGCACCUCCGCACACGGUCUCCCGCCGAAGUUCCGGGAAACGUAGCUCUCAAGAGUUACUGUCAGAUAGCAGCGACGAACGCUCGGAAUACUGGAAUAUAUCGACUAGAAAUGGCCGUAAAUGCAGAGGCAGACGAAGUCGAGCUUGCCCCGGAUUUUUUAAAGCUUGUAGUGCCUUUCUGGCUUGCGCCUCUGUAUUAGCAACCGCUAGUUUAAUUUGGCUGUUCAUCGACGUUCGUCAGCAACUUACUGCACUACGGACCGAGCUGGACCAAGUUAUUGCCGGUAGCGAAGGUGUUCCUGACGCUCUGCAGAAAUGUCACUCUCUGUCGAGAGAUCUUCAGAACAACCAGACCAUUAUUUUCACUCAUUUAUCAGAUUUCAAGCUUCAAAUUAAUAAUUUUACAACGCAGUUAGCAGUUAUCCAACGUGAUUUGCAUCGAGUAGAAGAAUGGUUCAAAGAGGAUCCAGCAUUAUUUAAUGUGCCAACAGAUUUGAAGGCCCUCUCCAGUAGUGUGGUGUCAUUUGGAAGCCAAAUACAAGACUUGAGUACCACAGUAAAAGCGUUGAAAGAAUCCAAUGCUAGGGUACAAGAUGUUCAAACCACUAUGCAGCAGAAUAUUACCAGUAUCAAGAAUGCAGUAACAGAAUUGUCAAAUGUUACACAAAAACCUCAGAUGCUGAUCACAAAUGAGACAAAAAUAAAGACUGAUCAAUUGAAUGCAGCAAUUGUACAUUUAUCCGAUAAUUUGAUAAACAUGAAUGAAACACUGUCGAGAGCUGUACAAUGGGUGGCAGAGGACCAGAAGAAAGAUCACGAAACGUUGGUGUUGCUUCAGGAGACCACUCAGAAUGUUAGCAUGAAGGUAAUAUCUCUGCAAAGAGAAUGUGUAAAGACCACCAUAUUGAAGUCUGUCAUGGAACUGAAUAAUCAACUGAGUGAAGUUCACGCGUCUAAUGCAGAACUUGGCGAAAAAGUGAAACAGUUGGAGCAGUCUUACGGUAGUUUGAAAAAUUCCACGAGCUUAAUGUUAGCGAUGAUACCGAAUCAGGUCCAGAAGCUGACCAAGAUGAAAGUUUUGGAGGAACCAGUCAGCGAGGACGUGACCACAGAACAAGACCGCAGUGUAUCAGACGAGACGUUGGCGAAAAAAGUAGCGACAGAUAAACUGAAACGCUUGAGUUCCGAUCCGUAAAGUAUUUCUAGAGGAAUUUAUUUGUAACGCGAUGAUUUUACCGAGCUUUCAUCUUGUACGAUAACAAAUCACCUAUUUCUCGAGAAGAGAGCACAAGGAGAUAUUGUGCGUGUGUAUGUUGUAAAUAUAUUAAAUAAAAUUAAGUGAAUAAUUAUUGAGAAAUUUCAUGUAUAUAGAAAGGUAAAUAUUUAUGACCUGAAUCAUGUGAUCUCUUACUCUUUCCGACUCUAAUUGUGCACAAAAUAAUCCACAUUUAAAUGGAUUAUUCUAUUGUAUAAAAGGAGAAGAAAAAAGGGCAAGAUAACGUUUGAAAAUUGAAUCUAAUUUAGGGAGAGCUAUUUAUAAACGAGCAAUAAGAUGUGUACGUUGAUCCGUAGUAUUGUCGAGAUCGAAUACCAUAUGUAUUUGAGAGUGUUUCGAUUAUGACGAAUGCCACUUUCUAGAAGACGCUAUGGCCUGUAAUGUGACUACCUGAAUUUAUUCAGAUACAUUGAUACACCAUCGAAAAAGUACAAAGAGCGUUUACACUUGUUUUUGCGUUGUAAAACACAAACGAGGAAACAAAACAAAAAAAGGGGGGAGGGAAGUAAAAGCAAAAGAAAAAAAAGAAAACAGAAGAAAUACAAAAUUUAGAGUCCAUACUACAAUGUCCACUAACUCGCAAUAAAUUUUUCUACUCUUCUACUAUUUAUAGCGCAGCAUAGUCUAUCAAUUUUGUCAAAUGUUAGAGAGAUCCAACGAUUUGCGAAAAUUCUAGAUGUUAGUAUAAUCAAUUUGGUUUCCGUUUAUUCAUAGAUUAUUCAUUCAUCUUUUUAGUAACGACAUAUUGUAUAAAAUGUUCAGAACUAAAAAUAUCAAGGAAAUGUACUAUCCAUAUCGCACUAGAGAAGAGUUUAUUUAGCCAGUGUAUACCGAGCCAGACGCAUUGCGUAGAAUUUUUAUUUGAGCUGAACAGUAAAGCAAAACUGUAAUAUUGUAUUUUUGUUUAUUUUUGCAGGGUGGUCAUUUUUAUCAUUUCUAACUUUAUCUACAAAAAGGAACUUGUAGAUAUUAAAAUAUUUUUAUAAUAAAUUUAUAUAGAGGGUCAUUUAAAUUUUUGUAAACAGUAUGUAUUCUCUCUUUCAUGUGAGAUAAGCAAAAUAUACAAAAUUAUGCGGAGAAACGUAUAAAAUACUACAACUCUGAUAUUAUAUUUACAGUGGCUCGCAAAAGUGGCUGCAAAAUUUAAAACUAAUUUGAAAAUGUCUAUAGAAAUUGCAAGACACUGCUAACUUAUGUAUGUGUGCAUAUAACGAGUAUUAAAGGUAAUAAAUACUUUUGUGAUCUCUCUAAAGUGUAUGCAUUCGUGCAUAAAUAAAAUAUCUUGCAACUUCUGUGUAUAUCCUCGAAUUUGUUUAAAAUUAUUAUCAGUUACUCGGUCACGAUAAAUCUCAUUGCAUGUACUAAUGAAAUUUCUGUAUUUUUAUAAGCCACUGUAUUUGAGAUGCGUUCAUUUAUGUGUAAUUUAAUGGAUCACCCUGCAUGAGACAAUGCGAAUGUACUGCAAUUGGUAUUUGCAGUACACUUACACAGUGACUUGUAAUUAUAAUAAUUAUUAUUAUGUUUGAAAUACGCGCUGUAAGCUCGUUACGAGGCGAGGUACACGUUAAUUUUCGAUUUUUCUCCGUUCGAGUGUUGUGCAAUGGUAUUUUCGCGCGUUGCAAUCAACGAAUGAACCGUAGCGGUCGCCAACAUAGCGUACAUAAAGAGUGUUUCAGUCAUUUUUAGCGUGAAGUUUACGGGAUGAGGCGGAGUCUAAAAGAAAAAGAUAAUAGUAACAAGUCAUGCGAAAGGACUGCAUGAAAUUGGUAUGAAUUUACAUGCAGAAAAACUGGACGCGUAUGAACGACAAUACGUCGAUGCGAUGUAUGAAUAAAAGAGCUAAUUAUUCAGA